GUAGAAACCUCCGUAUGACGUCAGGACGUCGCGGUCAAGACGUAGAAGCCAAAGAAGACAGGAGCCUGCCGGGUAGCUGAGCGUUUUCGUGACCGUGUUGCUAUCGCCUUGGGUCGCUGCUGACAAGUCUUGAAAGCGUAUAGACCUGACAGUGAAAAACCACUCUGGCUCCUGAGAUCCAGUCCCUGCACCCCAAGGUCCAGAUGGCGGCCAAUGUGGGUGAUCAGCGUAGCACGGAUUGGUCCUCUCAGUACAGCAUGGUGGCCGGGACUGGCAGAGAAAAUGGCAUGGAGACCCCCAUGCAUGAGAACCCCGAGUGGGAGAAGGCCCGCCAGGCCCUGGCCAGCAUCAGCAAAGCAGGAGCUGCUGGCAGCUCGAAGGCCAGCAGCAGUGGGCCUGUGGCCAGUGCACAAUAUGUGUCUCAGGCUGAAGCUCUGCAGCAACAGCAGUACUACCAGUGGUACCAGCAGUACAACUACGCCUACCCCUAUAGCUACUACUACCCCAUGAGUAUGUACCAGAGCUAUGGCUCCCCCUCCCAGUAUGGGGUGGCUGGCUCCUAUGGGUCAGCCGCCCCCCAGCAGCCCUCAGCACCCCAGCACCAAGGGACUCUGAACCAGCCCCCAGUCCCUGGCAUGGACGAGAGCAUGGCUUACCAGGCCUCCCCGCAGCAGCUGCCUACAGCCCAACCCCCCCAGCCCUCGAACCCCCCGCACGGGGCCCACGCUCUGAGCAGUGGCCCCCAGCCUGGAACAGCCCCUGCCACACAGCACAGCCAAGCAGGGCCCCCAGCAGGCCAGGCCUAUGGGCCACACACCUAUCCAGAGCCAGCAAAGCCCAAGAAGGGUCAGCAGUUGUGGAAUCGCAUGAAACCGGCCCCUGGGACAGGGGGCCUCAAGUUCAACAUUCAGAAGCGGCCAUUUGCUGUCACUAACCAGAGCUUUGGCUCCACUGCUGAGGGGCAGCAUAGCGGCUUUGGCCCCCAGCCCAGCCCAGAAAAGGCCCAGAGCCACAGUGGCCCGUCCCCUCGGGGGAACCUGUCUGGGAAGCCUGACGAUUGGCCGCAGGACAUGAAGGAGUACGUGGAGCGCUGCUUCACUGCCUGCGAGUCAGAGGAGGACAAAGACCGGACGGAGAAGCUGCUCAAGGAAGUGCUGCAGGCUCGGCUGCAGGACGGCUCGGCCUACACCAUUGACUGGAGCCGCGAGCCCCUGCCGGGGCUGACCCGGGAGCCUGUGGCCGAGAGCCCCAAGAAGAAGCGGUGGGAGGCCCCUAGCAGCCUUCACCCGCCCAGGGGGGCAGGUGCGGUGACCAGGGGCGGGGGUGCCCAGUCCCAGCGAGGGACGCCGGGGGCUGGGGGUGCUGGCCGAGCCCGGGGCAGCAGCUUCGCCAAGUUCGGCAACCGCAAUGUCUUCAUGAAGGACAACAGCUCUUCCUCCAGCACAGACUCCCGGUCCCGCUCCUCCUCCAGAUCCCCCACGCGUCACUUCCGGAGAAGUGACUCCCACUCGGACUCCGACAGCUCCUACUCAGGAAAUGAGUGUCACCCUGUGCCCCGCAGGAACCCGCCCCCCAAGGGCCGGGGUGGUCGGGGGGCCCACAUGGACCGGGGCCGAGGCCGGGCACAGCGAGGGAAGAGGCAUGACCUGGCUCCCACCAAGCGCAGCCGCAAGAAGAUGGCGGCGCUGGAGUGCGAGGACCCGGAGCGCGAGCUGAAGAAGCAGAAGCGCGCGGCCCGCUUCCAGCACGGGCACUCCCGCCGCCUGCGCCUGGAGCCCCUGGUGUUGCAGAUGAGCAGCUUGGACAGCGGCGGGGCUGACCCCGACUGGCAGGAGCUGCAGAUCGUGGGCACAUGCCCGGACAUCACCAAGCAUUACCUGCGCCUCACCUGUGCCCCUGACCCUUCCACUGUGCGCCCCGUGGCAGUUCUGAAGAAGUCCCUGUGCAUGGUCAAGUCCCAUUGGAAGGAGAAGCAGGACUAUGCCUUUGCCUGCGAGCAGAUGAAGUCCAUCCGGCAGGACCUAACGGUGCAAGGUGUCCGCACGGAGUUCACUGUGGAGGUGUAUGAGACCCAUGCCCGUAUUGCCUUGGAGAAGGGCGACCAUGAAGAGUUCAACCAGUGCCAGACACAGCUGAAGUCUCUGUACGCGGAGAACUUGGCGGGCAAUGUGGGCGAGUUUACCGCCUACCGGAUCCUGUACUACAUCUUUACCAAGAACUCAGGAGACAUUACCACUGAGCUGGCGUACCUCACGCGGGAGCUGAAGGCAGACCCUUGUGUGGCCCAUGCAUUGGCUCUGCGGGCAGCCUGGGCCCUGGGCAACUACCACCGCUUCUUCCGGCUCUACUGCCAUGCACCCUGCAUGUCUGGCUACCUCGUGGACAAGUUUGCAGACCGGGAGCGCAAGGCUGCCCUCAAGGCAAUGAUCAAAACGUAUGUGGCACCGUGCUGUGGCCCUGCCACACCUGUCAUCCUCCCUGUGCUCCUGGCCAUCUUGAGCCUUCUCUCAUUCUGGAGUCUCCCUCACCCUCUCUUAACGCUGUCCCUUGCAGUCCUCCUCGGUUCCAGGUCCCUUUCUCUGACUCUUCCAUUCUUCUCGCCUGUUCCCGGUCCCUUCCCUUCUUUCCUCCAGCCCCCAUCACAUGCUCAGGCUCAGGCUUAGGUGGGCUCCUCGCGGCCUGCCUGUGCAACUCCUCCGUGCCCCCAUGCUAGAGAAGCUAGGAAGGCUGGGCCCUGCCCUAGCAGUUGCAGUUUUAAUUUGUGGUCUCAAGCCAAGGCUGGUUCCUGUUCCAUGCCUUAGAAGGUGGCAGAAGUGCUGAGGGACGAUGUGGCGGAGACCAGGCCCUUGCUGCCUGAGCAUGCCCUUCACCCUCGCUCUGCUGUGCUGGGUGCUGGGAGUACACACUCAGUAUGGCUUAUUGCCUAGCUUGUAGGGGUGGCCCUGCCUCCAGGGGUGAGGCGCAGUGUAUGCUGAGGAGGUGCUGCUGGCUUCUAGCACCCAGGGACCCGGUGUUAGUGCUGCGCAGAUGGAGAGGCCCUGCUCAGGGGCUCUGGGCCUGGGGAGCCGCUUGGAAAGGUGGCCGGGAGCCGAGGGUGGUCUGGCUGAGGAGUGCUGUCGGCUGAAAGAUGAGAAGCUAGGUACCAGACAGGGAUAGGCCGCGCCAGUUCAGUGGCAGACGAGCGCGUGGCACAGGGAUCCCUAGCCGGGAAGGCAGGGCAGGGCAGGGGCCAAUCAGCCCUCGGUGUCAGGGCUGUCCCGGGCACGUGCUUGGGCAGUGGUUGUCCCUUUCCUGUGAUUGGCCUUGGGUGGUGGCACAGCAGUGAGUGGCCAUCACUGACCUCGCUUCAUCUCGGGCCUCUCCGUGAGAUUUCCACGGCCCUUGGCAGAGGAGAGCCUCUUAGAUCUCAGAGCAGUGUUCACAGUGAGGUGGGAGGCAGUCUCAGUGGCCGAAAAGUGGCACCAGGUACUCAGUGCCACUGCUUGAGUAAAGGUGCUCCAUCACAGCCUGUAGGGAGGUCCCCCCAAGUUGACGGGUGCUGCGCUUUCUGCGCAGUUCCUAACCAUGCAGCUGGCACACCUGUGCCCUGGGGGCACUGUGACCCUGGGCAGGCUGUUGGCCUUCCCUCCUCUGCCCACGCCGCUCCCUCCUUGGGGUGGUCUGGCUCCAGCCCCUCCACUCCUGUUCCCUCUCCUUCCUGGACAGGUAAGUGUGGGUGAGGGGGGUACAGCUGGGGACUGGGGCUACUGCCCUACCCCGGGCCCCCCAAGCCUCAGAGGGGGGAGGUCGGGAGGCACUGGGGGCCAACAGGGCCAGGAAAGCCUGUGGGUGCCUGAGGGGGGCACCUGCUCCCCACUUGGGGCCCUUGCCCACCCGCCCGCCUCAUCCCUCUCUCCUCUUGUCUCCGUAGCUUCCGCCCUGCGCUGCCUGUCUCCUACCUGCAGGCCGAGCUGGCCUUCGAGGGCGAGGCCGCCUGCCGGGCCUUCCUAGAGCCCCUGGGCCU